AUGGGAAUUAGACAUGACAUGUCCUGUUCAAUACCUCCAUCAACUGCGGAUCAGUUGUUAUUACUACCUGCAGAUAGCGCUUGUUUUACACCAAAUACCUCCUCAAUCAGUUCAGCAUUAUCAUUCGAUAAUCAUUAUUAUGAUGACAUUGAUAAGAAUGAUAAUGAUAAUGACAAUGAUAAUGGCCAUCUCUUCAUAUCUACUACUCGUGGAUUAGAUGCAGUAGAACGAAAAGAAAAUAUGGGUAACAAUCUGGCUCUAAAUAAUGCAUUUACCGAAGUAGAAACAAUCAAAAGUGAUGGUACUGAAUUAAAUAAUAACAACUGGUUGAGUGAUUCUAAAUCAGCUUAUAGUUUAUUCGAAACUGAAUAUGAUAUUAAAACAGGAAAUCGAUAUAAAUUUCCCGACUGGACCUGGUCCAAUCAUUCCAAAAAUGAUUCAUUCCCUAACGCAAACAAAGACAAAACUCAUGCCUCAUCAUCAUUCUAUCAUUUGCUCGAUAUGAAUGUUGGACCUGUAGGUAAUGUGGCACAGAAAUUGCAUAUCCCAUCACAAUAUCAAUUAAAAGAAUUGCAAAACUUUGCACCGUAUGUUAACGUCACAUAUGCUGAACGAACACCUACGGUGCCAUAUCUUCCGCACACUUUAACCAGAUCGGAAUAUAUAUUUGGCGAAAAUAGCAGCAGUGUAGAACAAUAA